CCAUGGUGAUGGUGGCCAACACUAGUGGUUGUACCUUCGUGCUGGAGUUGAGUGGUGGUCUGAUCCGGUUGCUGGUCACGAUCUGAUACAAUAGUUGAAGGAUGUGUUUAAACUUAGAUCCUUGGAAGAAAAUAGAAGGCAAAUGAAAAAUCAAGUUUCGGGCCAAAUGGAUGGAAAAAGGAAAACAAAGGUGAGCAGCCACACGACAAUGAGAUACUGUUCUUCUUUUCGGCAAUUCACUAAAAGAAUCGUGUGCACCGUCUCCAACUGCAAGCAAAGCAAAGACUCUAGACUAUGGAAGUAAGCAUCUCAUCGCCUCCAAUUGCAAGCAAAGCGAAGGAAAGCAAAGGGAAGCCAGCAGAGACCUGCCAUGCCCUGCAGGCUUUGGGAUCAAUUCCAUUAUGUUGCUGCAAUCUACAGGUAUUUUUCUAAUCUAUCCAUAGUGUUUGAGUGUUCCUCUGUUUGGCCAACAUGAGGAUGCUGGGGGAUCAUCUCCAGCACAGCUACCGUCCCCAAAGCUCAACACAGCAGUUGAUUCAGCCUCUUCAUUUCGUCUCCAUGUCCAAGCCAAGCAAACACCCUAGACUAUCUGAAUCUGUUCUUUUCUCGUCAGUUGACUAGAAGGAUGUUGCAUUGUCUCAACCUUCAAGCAAAGCAAAGACUCUAGACUGUAGAAUCUUGCGCCGUCUCCAACUGCAAGCAAAGGGAAGCAAAGACAGCAGGGAUCAAUUCCAUUAUUUUGCUGCAAUCCUCCAGAUUGUUGUGCCCUCAUAUAUAUGGCCCUAUCUAUACUGAUUUGAAAUAUGAGUACUAUAAACAGAUCAGACACGCACAGUAAUUUAUGAUAUCCCUAUCUACUAUAUUUGUCUAAUCAAUCCAUUCUCCCCACUCAAUCGAGCUAGUUUGAGCUGUGUUUGACCAACAUGAGGAUGCGAAAGGAUCAUCAUAGUCCUUAGUUCGAGUCUAUCUGCAGCACUUUUCCCCUCCUGAAGCCCAACACAGCAGGUACGUGAUUCAACGUAUAGACAAAAGUAUUGUGCAAAUUAGGUGAUUUUUAAAUUAGAUUGCAUCACUAUUUGGUUCCUGGCAGCUAAUGCGGCGUGUUGUUACUCUCUGGAUAUUUUUCUUCUUUCUGCUUUACCUUUGGCAUGUACUGAACCGCCCUUUCAUUAUUUUGGUAAGAAAACCUGGGGCUUCGUAUGAAAAAAGAACUACUUGCAUUUCUCAAGUUAUAUGCACAUAUUUUUCUGGUAUUUGCACAUGCUUCUGGUAUUUUUUGUAAAUAAUGUAUCUGUAGACUCCGGGGGAGUUCUUUAUCUUCAAUUAUCUAUAAUAAAAUAAAAAUAAACUCAAGUGGUAGUUAUUGCACGCAAAUUCAAAAUCUCCUCAUGAGGAUUGGAUGCUGAGAGACCAUGUUUUUUCCUUUCUGCUUAGCUCUUUUUGUAGGCUAAACAAUUGACGCUACCAUGUCACGUUAAAUUUUUUGCCGAGACAGCAUCUCCAUUCAGGUUCUGAAAUUUAUCCUCUUCAAUUUGUUUUCAACUCCAAGAAAAGUGAAGAGCCUGGAGUAUGAGAACCUGUUAUGUUUUCCGGCAAUUGACAAGAAGAAUGUUGCAUUGUCUCAAACUGCAAGCAAAAGAAAGACACAAACACUCUAGAGUAUAAGCAUCUUGCAUCGUUUCCAACUGCAAGCAAAGAGAAGCUAGCAGAGACCUUGCACACCCUACUGGCUUUGGGAUCAUUUCCAUUAGUUUAAUGCAAUCCUCUAGGUGUGCCCUCAUAUAUAUGGCCCUGUUCUGAGCGUUCCUCUGUUUGAGCAACAUGAGGAUGUUGAAGGAUCAUCAACACUCUAUCUAUGUCCAGUAUGGCUACCCUCCCGGAGCUCAACACAACAGACUGACAGUAGCGAGCAUCCAGCAGCUCUGGAAUGAGUGGGAGAUCCAGUGCUUGGUGCUUGUGAGCUUCUCCCUGCAAGUCUUCCUCCUCUUCUUCGCGGGGCUCCGGAAGCGCCAUCGCUCUCGCAUUCUCAGCCUGCUGCUGUGGCUUGCCUACCUGUUGGCCGACACCGUCGCGGUCUUCGUUCUCGGCCGCCUCACACGUGUUGGAGGCGACGACUCACUGGUGCUCUUCUGGGCACCGUUCAUGUUGCUCCACCUCGGAGGGCAGGACACCAUCACAGCCUUCUCCAUGGAGGACUGCGCACUGUGGAAGAGGCACCUGCUGAACCUCACCACCCAGGUGGCACUGGCCAUCUACGUCGUGGGCAAGCAAUGGCAAGGGGACAAGCAACUUGUGGCUCCCAUGGUGCUAAUCUUCAUCUCUGGGACAGCCAAAUAUAUGGAGAGAAUAUGGAUACUUGGGAGAGCCGGCUCAUGGGGACCUAUAAGCAGGCCUUGGGGUCCGUUGUGUGGGCAGAAAAGAACCCUGGGGGUCAGGCUUGACACACAUGCUCCUAUCUGGUCAUUGUUCUCUUCUGACAUGGAGGAUGUGGCUCAUGACAUGUUUUAUAAUAGCAUGAACUAUUUCAUGAACAGGACUAGUAAACGGCUUCGCGGGACUGGUUUAGGUCAGGAGGAACGAGAUCGUCUCAAGUCAGACGAGGGAGUUAACUUGGCAUACAAGUUGGCUGAGACCCAACUCUCAUUGAUCUAUGACUUCUUGUACACCAAGUUUGGAAGCCUCGAUGGUGUGUUGCACCGUCUCACCAUCCUUGUCAUAAGCUCUACAGCUCUCGCUCUGUUUGCUGUUCAUCAUAAGGGAGGGAUGGGGCGAUCAGAAGCUGUGAAGUACUACUACAGAGUAGCUGAUGUUGCCAUCUCUUACAUAUUGCUUGUGGGUGCAGUGGCGUUUGAGAUAUCCUCUAUAUUGAUGUGGCUCAUGACAUCAUAUUCGCCAUCCAACGUAUGCACAGGACCAAGCGGAGGCCAUAGUCCAAGAAUUGUGCUUAGCAUCCUCAAGCGCCUCCGCCCAGCACCGAAAAGCAACAGAUUGGAGUGGUCAGGUAAGCUGUGGCAGUAUAACUUUAUUGAUGAAAUCAUCCAAAAGGAGAAGGCAACAAGGGAAUAUGGAUGGCUGAAACGGAUGAUGUGGCGUAUCGGCAUCAAGCAAUACCACCACACAACCAAACAUGUUGCCAUCUCCCCAGAGGUAAAGAAGGUGUUCCUUGAUAAGCUGUGUAACAAUCACUGGAAGUUGUACUUCAGCAGCUUCACUGCCGAGUGGGCAGCUUAUAUUCCUUCCUCCUCCUCUGGGUUUGGUGCAGCUAAGCAGAAAGUCCGAGGCAUCUUCAAAGACAGGGAUCUUGUAUCAAGUGCCUUUCUUUGGCACCUUGUGACAGACAUAUGCCUAGUAAGGGACGAGACGCCCUCUGAGCUUAGAACCUGCAGCCAACACGUGUCCAAUUACAUCAUGCACCUGGUCUACAAGUGCAACUUGAUGGUUGAUGCUGACGGGUGUUUAUUUUUCGAAGAAUGUAUAAAGUGGAUUGGCGCGUUUUGCAAAGAUGCCAACUAUGAUAAGAGGGACCUCCUCCAGAGAUUCUACGGUGACGAUUCUCACUCUGAAGGUUCAGUUGGCCAUCUAGCUAGUCUAGCUACUGAUGUGGCUUUUCUGCUCAACGGUGAAGUAGCAGCUGCUGAUCGGUGGGAGAUGAUCGCAACGGUAUGGAUGGAAAUGCUCUGCUACAUCGCAGUCAACUGUGAUCAUGGGUUCCAUGCCAAGCAGCUGAGCGCUGGAGGGGAGUUCCUCACUCAUGCCAAGAUGAUCAUGUUUCCCAUACUACAAUUGUCUGAUCCCGAUGAGCAGAUGGGGCCGAGGCCCGGGGCGUGA